CGGACGGGCUGUAAUGAAGUCUGGCGUUAGUAUAGGCUUAGUCGGUUGAGGGAAGUCGAUGGCGGCUUGCUCUUGACGAUGAACGUCGGCAGACGACGGCAAUUGGAAAUUUACGUCGGCCAACACCUUCCAUCAUGGAACUUGUUGCUUUCCACUAUGAGUUCCUGGGGUUCCUGGUGUUACCAUGUUGAGGACAUUCUAUACGUGUCUCCCAACUUGUCCUCCUUCAUCAACCCUGGACCCCCUUUCUCGAGACGCGGCUGUUCCUCCAGAGCGUUGUCUCGCAACGAGGCUUUCUAUCUUGAGGGCAUCCUAGACUUGCGGCUGCUUCCGAUCCUUUCAAAUUCCGUGCCCACCUCUCCUUCACCCCGCCUAGACGACAGCCAUGCGAGAACUCCCUCCUCUACAGCUCGACGGCAUCGAAGCCGAGAUGGAUAAUGACAACACACGGCCCGAUACUUCGAAGAGCUCGGACGAGCCUAACCCGUCUUCGUUCCGGCCUCGCUCGAAGAAUCAGAAGCAACAUCGGGUUAGAUAUCGCUUUCUCACUCCCUCCGAAUGGGCUAUCGUUGCUCAUGGCAUCGGCGGUGUCAAUGAUACCGAAGGACACAUUGCCCUUCAUCCUUCCUGCUGGUAUUACCCACCCAAAGGUAUCCCCAACGGACUGUACCGAGAUGUCAUUUGGCACCGGACCAAGUACUUCUACAUGUACCACGGCAUGAGCUCCAUUCGAUGGGUUGCCUAUAUUCUUCAGAUCAUUCUCGGCGCGAUUCUCACCGCAAUCGGUUCCAUGUCCUUCAAGAACGGCACUCCCAUCACCAUAAUUGCGGCUACGAACACUAUCAAUGCUGGAAUACUCGCACUUUUGCACAACAGCGGACUGCCCGACCGUUACCGCUCCGACCAGGCGGAGUUCGAUGAGGUUGAAGACCACCUCAAACAGAUCCUCGACACUGGUAUUGUCCCGGAGAGCAUGUCUGUUGACCAGGCUCUCAUCCAUUGCUUCAGUCUCUAUCACGAGGCUAAGAAGACCGUAGCGGCAAACAUCCCGGCAACUUACACCCCCAGCUCAGUUCUCGGAGCUGGUCAGCAGGUUGGUGAACCGCAAAAAUCCAGCGCCACAGGUCCAACGACACCCAACGCAGCUAGCGGCGUCAUUGCAACCAGACUUUCAGUGGCAUCACCAAAAACAAGUGAGGCACAGGCCAUCGAGGAGAAAUGA